AUAGCCUGCUUUGGCCAUUUAACAACCAAAUGUUUGUUUUGAUCGUAGUUUUGAAUCGCGAUAGAUUGCUCCCAAAUAUCUAUUAUGAACUAACAUAGUACAAUGAGAGUUUACAGCUCCAGCAACGGGAACGAAAGUACAAACUGAUCGUCCGUUUAUUUUGCCGUUUGCGAUUGCCAGUGCAGCCAGUUGAUAAAUUUAUAGGAAAGGACGGGCGCGCAACACCUGCGUAUUACCAGCGCGAUGACUCUCGACGCAAACGAUAAGCUAUUAGAAGCAGUCCUGCAAGAGUACAAAAUUUUAGCGGAAUAUGAACGACUGCAGAGUGAAGAUCUUGGUGGUAUUUACGUAACUCCAUCGUACGAAAAUCCCUUCCUUUGGUUUGGCGUAAUUUUUGUACGAGGUGGAAUGUACAAAGACGGCGUGUUUCGUUUCACAAUAUCCCUUCCCAACCGAUUUCCCAAUGAUAGUACAGUCCCGGUGGUAGCUUUCCAAAGUGAUGUGUUCCAUCCAAUGGUCAAUCCCAGCGAUGGAGUGCUCAACCUAUCGGACACAUUUCCCAACUGGCAAUCAGGGGACAGUCAUAUAUGGCAAAUGCUGAAGUUUGUACAGUUUAUCUUACAAAAUUUGGACGAUCACACGAUACCGUCGGAGCACGUGGUCAACAACGAGGCAUACCAAUUGCUGAUGGAGAAUCGCGCCGAAUUUCUGCUGCGUGUAGAGCAAUGCGUAGAGGAAAGCCAACGGAAGCUGUACGACCUGCCAGCACAGCCGGAUCGGUUCUACAUUUGCUUCGAUCGGUUCAACCCCGACGUCCAUGGGCCGGUGCUGCAAUCGAUGAAAGAAGACAAACCAACCGAGGUGACGACUCCUCCUUCCUCUGGUCUGUCUUGGGUACGGAAGGGUUUUUAUCAACCGCUCAGUAAAUAAUCCUAACCCGUCGGCACAACGUCAGCACCGUCGGCAGGUCAGACCGGCGUGCAAAUUCGAGGAAAGCGUAGUUAAAUAAUUUUAUUGUUUUAUUCCAACGUUUAAUACACUCGGCAAGUCACAGAAAAGUUUGGUAAACUACUUACUAAUACUUGUGAAUGCUGCAAUGAACGU